UGGAUAUGCUAGAAAGGCAAAGUCCGAAGCUCCAACGUGACCCCCCUGGACCGUAGAGGAAUAAGAAGACGACGACGACGGCGACGAUUGCCACAAGGAUACUGUCCUCCUUUCUCUCUAGGGUUUCGAAGCUCCCUUUUCUCUGCCAAUUUUCUCCAAUUCUUGUUCUCCGCUCUCUUUCCCUGUAUUCUAGGGUAUUCUAGGGCUCAUCCCUUUAGAGCUAUCAUUCUCCUCUUCCUUAUCUUCACAUGGCGGAUGUAAUGAACAUUCCUCCCGAUUCUCUCGACAAAUCCCCUUCCUCGGCUUCGCCAUCCGCUACUCCGGCUACUGCUUUGGCACCGGCGCCUUCUGCCACUGCGGCCGGGGAUGAUGACCUACCCCCGCCUCCGCCGACCACCUCAGCACAGUCGCAUCCCCCUCCACAAGCGGCGCCCCGGAGAAGGGAUAGGGAUCCCAGGGAUAGAAGGGAUGAUAGGGAUUAUGAUCGACAUCCGAAUCGACGUGGGGGUGAUUUCUAUGACAGGAAUAUGUCGCCCCCGCCGCCUCCGAGAGACAGAGAUAGGGACUUCAAACGCCGUCGAAGCCCCAGCCCGUAUCGUGACCGACGUUAUUCUCCUUCUCGGCGCUCCCCUCCACCCUAUAAGCGAUCCCGAAGGGGGAGUCCCCGUGGCGGAUAUGGACCUGAUGACAGAUUUGGCUAUGAUUAUUUUAGUGGCUAUGAACGUGGAAUAGGUGGAAGACCUGGUUAUGCUGAUGAGAGGCCUUAUGGCAGAUUUGGUCACCGAUCGGUACCAGGGUAUCAAAAUGGGAUGUCAGACAUGGAACCAAAUCGCGGUUUUGCAGAUUUGCCAGGUGGCAGUGCACAAAGGGAGGGUUUGAUGUCUUAUAAGCAAUUCAUUCAGGAGCUUGAGGAUGAUAUACUGCCAGCUGAAGCUGAGCGGAGGUAUCAAGAGUACAAAUCUGAGUACAUCACUACACAGAAACGGGCUUAUUUCAAUGCUCACAAGGAUGAGGAAUGGUUGAAAGAUAAAUAUCAUCCCAUGAAUUUACUAACAGUGAUCGACAGGAGGAAUGAAAAUGCCCGACGGCUGGCCAAGGAUUUUUUGCUUGAUUUGCAAAGUGGAACUCUAGAUCUAAAUCCUGGUCUGAAUGCCACUUCAGCCAGCAAAUCAGGUCAAGCAAGUGAGCCCAAUUCAGAGGAGGAAGCAGACACUGGCGGUAAACGAAGAAGACAUGUCCGGGGACCUAAUAAAGAUAAUGAUUUUUCAGCUGCUCCAAAAGCUCAUCCAAUCAGUUCUGAUCCUAGGCGGAUACAAAUGGAUAUUGAACAGGCUCAGGCCCUUGUACGCAAGCUUGAUGCUGAAAAGGGAAUCGAAGAUAAUAUUUUAUCCACAAGUGAUCACAAUAGAAGUGAUGAUAAGGGUCACAGUGGAUCUGUUGGCCCCAUAAUAAUCAUACGGGGCCUGACAUCUGUCAAGGGCUUAGAAGGCAUUGAACUCCUGGACACGCUUCUUACAUAUCUUUGGCGGAUUCAUGGCGUGGAUUAUUAUGGCAUGAUUGAGACUAAUGAGGCUAAGGGUUUUAGGCAUGUGAGGCCUGAAGGAGGGCAUGAUGAUACAAAUAAAUCUGGGUCUGGGUCCGAGUGGGAAAAGAAAGUUGACUCAUUUUGGCAGCAAAGGUUGAAUGGUCAGGAUCCAUUGGAAAUUAUGACUGCUAAGGAGAAGAUAGAUGCUGCGGCAGUUGAAGUGUUGGAUCCACAUGUUAGAAAAAUUAGAGAUGAAAAGUAUGGAUGGAAGUAUGGUUGUGGGGCCAAGGGCUGCACAAAGCUUUUUCAUGCGGCUGAGUUUGUGCACAAACAUCUCAAGCUUAAACACCCAGACCUCGUGAUGGAAUUAACUUCAAAAGUUCGUGAGGAUCUCUAUUUUCAGAACUACAUGAACGAUCCAAAUGCUCCCGGCGUACCUGUCAUGCAGCAACCUCAGAGAGACAAACCACUAAAGCGUAGAUUAGGCCUUGAAGGUCGAUUAAGAGAUGAUCGUGGCAAUCGAAGAGACCAUGAUCGGAGUGACAGAAUAAAUGAUGGGGAUAGAUCUGAGAACUCCCCAUCUCGUGAUCGGCAGUCUAAAGCUCUUGACAUGGGAAACCAUGAUGAAACAAUGUAUGAUGCAUACCCAGGAUCCGCUGUUGCUCCAUUUACUGCAGACAUGCCCCCUCCUCCACCAGUCUUGAUGCCUGUACCUGGUGCAGGACCUUUAGGACCUUUCGUACCUGCUCCCCCAGAAGUUGCAAUGCAGAUGUUAAGAGAUCAAGGACCAUCAUCAUAUGAUAACUCUGGAAGAAAGAUGCGAUCUGGUCCUCACAUGGGUGGGGGUGGUCCUGCACCAAUAAUUGCCGUUCCCCCAGCUUUUAGACCAGAUCCUCGGCGGAUGCGUAGUUAUCAAGAUCUAGAUGCCCCAGAGGAUGAAGUCACUGUGAUAGAUUAUCGGAGUUUAUAGAGCAUAUCUCCUUUUGGAUUGACAGUUCAACGUAUUUGGCCAGUAGAAGGCUGUUCAGGGCGAGAUGGGGGCAUUUAGCACAGAAGUGCAAGAUCCUGUCAAAUAUAUUUUUGCCUUUUCAGUGAGGGGCCUGGUCUGCUCUACUUUCUUUUUCUGGGUCUGUUUCAAGAAUCUUAUAUGAGGAAUUUGACCUCAGGAGGUUACUUUACUGUUUUCCCAGUUUAGGUUUGUAGAUUUCUUGAGAAAACGCCAUCAUUUUGGUCUUAUUAGGAUAGUUGACGUGUAAUCCUGGUGGGCUCUUUGUUUGAUCUUCAUCACACAUUUAUUGACUGAGCGGUUGUAUUUGUAAGCAGAAAUCGCAGGGAUAAAAUGUUAUUUUCUGUUGACACCAUGCGCGGUGCCUAUGGGGACCUGUUAUGUACGAUUAGCACUAUGCUUCAAGAAAUCAUUUUUCGGUUGUAGGGAUGUUCAAUUAUAGACCCAUGGACUUGUUUAUUAUGAUUAUAUUUGUCUCAUCAGUUAUACUGUGAAGGUUUUAGCUUUCCUA